GCACUUUACACUACACCGUCCAUGUGGCCGGAGUGUCCACUGUGAGCACGGAAUACAUUUCUUCACAAAGUGGAAACUUCUAGACUACAGGCUUUCUACAUUUUAAAAGACCAGAGCAUGAAGGAAAAGUACAUCUAUGCCUAAACUUUGAUGAUUCAGGACAGUUUUGCCGAGAAAUACUGUCGUCAAGAGGCUAAAAUGCGCUGAAUUUAGAGACGUGGACGUGCGUUCAGGUAACAGGUGGCCCUUUAUGGACACAUAUUGAAGUCAUUUGCGUUAGAGUCGGAUCGAGUAUCUAUAAAUGCUUGAUGCUUUCAGUGUAGCCUACGUGGAUAUAUGUUUUGUAAACAUGAAGUGCGGUUGUCUAAUGUCCUAGAGGAAAAGUAGUAUGGAGAUAGAAAGAAAGAGAGAUUAAUGAACUUUCCCGGUCUGAAAAGUGAAAAAUCCAACAGAGGAAACUGGCUCCAGAGUGAAGACAAGCUCCGAUGAAUGGACAGCAGGAUGUUUUCUGGUCAGGCUGGUCUGAAUUACAGCUUCAACCUGAGCGAUGACCAGGAGCUGGCGGACGCGCCUGCGGGCAGGGGGAAGCUGUCCCCGGCGGGCUUCGUGGCGCUGUCCGUGGUGCUGGGCUUUAUCAUGACUUUCGGCUUCCUCAACAACUUUAUCGUGCUGUUGCUGUUUUGUAAAUUCAAGAAGCUGCGGACGCCGGUGAACAUGCUGCUGCUGAACAUCAGUGUGAGCGACAUGCUGGUGUGUUUGUUCGGCACCACGCUCAGCUUCGCCUCCAGUAUCCGCGGGAGGUGGCUGCUGGGACGCAGCGGCUGCAGCUGGUACGGUUUCAUCAACUCCUGCUUCGGUGAGUCCCGGUGCUUUGCAGCGGUAAACUAUGUCUGAGAAAUUAGGUACAAGCCAAAGACAGCAUCACCACACGAACAAACAUGUUUGUUUUGUUGGAAAACAAAAAGAGACGACUUCAUAUGAUUGACUUAUUAUUUCACUGUUUUUAGAAAUUAAGAGAGAGUGAGACAGUGUAGACUACUUGUUGGAUGAUAUGGCUCUGGAUAUUAUACAUGUAAUGGAAAGUAACUAAAGAAAAACUACAAAGAACAAGAGAAAACUGACAUUUGACCAAGAUUAUCCACAAUGGAUCCAACUCCCCACUACCCUACCAUAUGCAGUUAAAUCUGUUCUCUUCUGUACACAUAUGACAUGCAUUGGAGGUGUUGGUGUUAUUCCCCCUCUGCACCAUCUGCUCAAUGACUUUACUGGCUUGACACAUGACUUGAAGUUGUAAAGGCUUAUUUGCGGAAAUAAUGUCAUUUCUGAUGUUAGAUAUCUCUGUCUACAGGAUGCAACACGUGCAAAAGCCACAACAGUACCAGCGUCUAAACUUCUAAAAAAAAAAAAAACCGGUUUAUUUAAAGUUACCUUAGUUCUGCCUGGAUAUGAAGAUGUGAUAGUGAUGCCAGAGAUACAUUUUCUUACUAAAAUACAUUCUCAAGUGUUAAAAAGUCAGCUUGUCACUGCCCUCUAGUGGACAAAAAUGAGACUAGUUUUGCAUUGGCUGUGCUGGAAUUCCUGUUACCUAAUGGCUGACAUUGAUAUAUCUGCAGUAAUAUCGACCAGGCAGAUAUAUCAGUCCAGCUCUACUAUGUAUUCACAUCUUUUUCACCAAAUGUGAAAUAUUCCAGGGAGAGCUGUCAGACUCAAUGUCUCUGUGUCAGACAUCUAAAGACCUCCCACUGGCUUUUCAUCAACAAAAACAACAUUUUUCAAAUCCUUCUCUUUGUGAGGAUUAUUGAACACUCUUGGGAUUGUGGUAGUAUACCUUUUGUGAAUGAAAGAGAGAGAGUUGAACAGAGCUGAAAACAUCCACUUUUACUUCAAGAACUAAUGCAGUUUUGCAUCUUGACACACAUAAGCAUUCACACCUCCACAUAAGCAUUCACAUCUCCAGAAGUAUCAAAUGUAGUUGAAUUAACCAGGUGGUAAAAUGAAAAUGGGAGAGGAGGGGGGCAUUUAGCUGAAUGCCUACUUCUGAUAACACUUGACCUCUCAGGAUGCCAGAUAAAGAAAAAUAAGCUAGUGACUCUUCUUCCUGUGCUUGUUUGCUUUUUCUUAUCGUAUAAAAGAUUGAAAGAGACGCAGUAAGUGUUCAAAAUGAGCCAUAAGCUCCAGGAAAUCCUGGUUUCCUGGCUGCCAAAACUCCAGUGUUAUUAAGUGUUUCUUUCUAAUUUUCUGGUCAAAAUAUCACUCAACACUUCAUAUCAGCAACAUUCAUGUUAAACCCAAACUGGAAAUAACAGAUUUGCAAAAGGUUCUGCAUACUUGAUAUUUAUAAAUCAACACUUUCAAUCCCUGUAGGUUUUGGCUUGGCAGCUAAAAACAAAGGCUUAUUUCUACAAGAUAGGAUAUUAAUUGUAAAUAAUGUAUUUCACUGUCAAAAAUCUGGAGGAUCAGAUUAUUUGUCAAAAGUGACUACUUAAGGAUGUAGAGGACCAGAUAAGCUUGGACUGAUUUGGCCACAGGGGGUUCCGGAGUUGACACAAACCAAAAGUUCCUCACAGGCGCCCUAAUUUCUUUUACGCCUGUUUGCUUGUGUUAUAUUGAAAUUAAUUAUAAUAGCAAGUGUUUUUAGAUGAAUGUGGCUCAUAUCAAAUUUAAUAAUGAAUUAUGACCAGAAAUUCAACAGACACUUGGUAGGAUUUGAUAUUUUGCAUUUUUGCACACACAGAAUUCUUGAGCUGUAAAAUUCAAAGGUAUAACAUUCUUUAUUUACAUAGAAGAUGUAUAACCUUGAACUAAACAACAAUUUUGUAAAUCUAGACUUUUAAUUUGCUGCUUUUUGGGCCUUGCAGUAAGCUGUCUCAUCAUACGGUACAUCUGCUUAAAUGUUAAGAUUUUAGCAGUAUAAAAGACUUAACUCGUCUUCCUAAAUCUAUCAAAACUGAAGCUAUUAAUCUGUUUUGAAAGAUUUGUGUAUCCAGAAAAAGCCAGUUGGCAUUUAAAAGGGUGAUAAACUUUGAUUUUUGAAGGUUUUUUUAUGAUGGGAUUUCUUAAUGAUGAGAAACAGGUAGAAAAUACAGCAAAUGUUGUCCAUUAUUAUUCUUUGCAUGGCAUCCACCUGUAUUCGCUGAUGUCUUUUGAAAAGCAGGAUACAGCAGGACAGUAGCUCUCUCUGAUGUUGCAUUUGGUGCAUAGUUAUUGAUAGAAACCUUCCUCAGAUGAUGUGAGCCUCUGUACUUAUCACUUAGGCAGUAUAUAGAGAGUAAACAGCUUUUAAUGGCUAUCAGAGCUGCAUCUGCAGACUCUCAUAUAUUCAGUCCAGGCUCUGAAGCUGUUUACAAUCCUGGACACACUACUUAAAUCUGGCCCUGAGAUAUCCACCAAGCCCGGCUAUCUUUCAUUUAAAUUCUUCUCUUGAUUCCUUGAAGGAUUAGGACUUUAUGUUUUUAUGGUCCAACAUCUAGUAACUGACUUUACAGAUCCAUUUGGCUUUUAAAUAAUUCUUCAUGGAACGUCUGCUCCUCCUCAAUCUUUGGCUGCAGCCAUUUUUCUUUUUACCCCAUGUUGUCAGUUUGCCGCUUCACCCUCUACUCAAUCACCAGGCACUAUUCUCUUGGAUUCAUGUACUCUGACUGAAACAUCUUGUUCCCUCGAGUCCCAGUGAAUAUGUAUGCUUGUUUUUUUGCACCUGCUGUCCUCACAGAUAAACAGAAUAAAGCCAACGUUGACUGGGAGGAAUUUCCAUAUAUAUUUGGGGGAUAAAAGCUUGUAUAUGUCUAACUGUGUUUUUGAAAUCAGCUUGUGUUUAUUUGGACUUUGUGUCCCUCAGGGCUCCUGUAGUGUGCCGAUUGUGCUGUGGUUUUGUACACAGGGCUUAACUCAGCACGCGUCUGCAUGCUGGAGUCGGUCCUUAUCUCAGCGCUGCUCUCGGAGUCAGCCGGGCACCUGGCACCAGCAGUUCUGCGCAAUGUUUGUUUUAUAACACCUGCAGACUUUAUGCUCGCAGCUUUAGACGUUCAAAUCUGACUGAUUUUGGAGACGUAGCGGCCUCGGCAGAGAAGACGCUGAGGACAAGUAAUGUUACAGAUGCAUCUUUCACACUCCAUAAAGAAUAUAUCAGCUUCAUGUUUCAGGAAACAACUUUUUAUGUGUGUGUCUGCAGGUAAAUUUACCUCAGUUUUAAAUCUCAUCUCUCAAAAACAUCCUAAAUUAAGUAUUUUUAAUCCAUGCUGCUAAUUAGAUAUAUCUCAUUUAAAAGAGUAAUGAUACUGCUUUGCAUAUUUUUCUUGUUCUCAUUGUGUCUUUUUGGCAAAGGCGUAGGAAAUAAAUCAAGUUAUCUGCUGAUUAUCUAGUGGUUGAGUGCACAUGACCAAAGUGUCCUCAAGUGUAAAACAAGAAACCAGGAAAUUUCUCCAGAGGCCACAGCUAGUGGUCAGUUUGCAUUUCAAAGCAGAAAAAAGGCAAGAAUCUUUAAGUAAAAAAAAGUGCAGCCAAUUACACCUCAUCGCUCUCCAGCAUGCUCAGGGUCAAAUGCCUUUGCAGCUUGACUUUGACUGGUUUAAUUGGGCGUAGCGGUUGUUCCGGCCAUACAUCAACCCACAGUGCAUCAGCUGAUCUGAUUCUAAUGCCAGCCCACAUUAGCUGAUAGCUCAGCUGAUAACCAUCCAGUCUGCAAAUGUCAGAAAAGUCGUUAUACUUAAAUUGCUUCAGUCUGCCUUCUCCUGCUGCUGCCUCUAAAAUCCCUUUGCAACCCACCUCCACCCCAGGUCCUCCUUUUAUGCUGGGCCUGAUCUUACUGUGUCAUAAUAUGUACUGUCACUGAUGGUCUGUUCUGGGUAUUUUAGCUGCUGCUGCUCUCCCUGCCUUGGCUUUUCACAUAUAAACAUAAAACAGAGGGGAGGUGCUUUCCCCCUCUGCAGGCUUUGGUAUGCCAUGUUAAGAAGUGGAAGGGCAGAGAGCUCUCACAACAUAGCGGCCAGAACUAACUAAUGUAUGCAAGAAAUUAGUUCUUUUGACAAAAGUGGUCCUGAGUGGAGUUCAAUUAAGUCAGUACAGGCUAAUCUGUACAUGCACAUGUGCUUGCAUGUGUUUGUCGACAUUAGUCAACAACAAUAUCUGCACCAGUAUGCUUAGCUCACAGGCUGUAGCUGAAACCUUGGUGGUAUUUUUAUUCAGUUUGUUUACUUUUGACAUGUGCAGGUUUUUCGUUUGUUUGUUUUACAGUGAAAUGUAUCAUUCAGAUGAAUGAAUUAAGCACCUUGUUGAAUCUAUGCCACGAAGAAUUGAGGCAGUUCUGAAGGCAAAAGGGGGUCCAACCCGUUACUAGCAUGGUGUACCUAAUAAAGUGGCCGGUGAGUGUAUGUUUGCAAAGGAGUAGGAAGAAGUAGUGUGACUGUAUUCCAUCAAGGCAGCAGCAGGAAGAAGAAGGGGGCUGCAUCACCUUAACAGUGCACUGAAAAAAAACACCCAAUAGCUUGGGAUGAAAAAACCAAAACAUGCUUACCUCAAUCCAACAGCAUUUAACAUGCUUACACUAUCCGCCCUACAAGAAAUCAAUCUCCUUAAACAGCCGCUAGCCAACAAAAUCAAAGCCAGGCUUGGAUGAUUAAUUUAAUUUAUAAUUCUCCCUGAAUCUGCCCUCUGGUAUUAACUUUACAUGAUAUAUAAGAGGAGUCCCUCCAUGUUAAAGCAGUCGCACUGACACACACAACAUGUUGUAUGAUGAUUGAUCACCAGCUGUUCGAGGUUAGUUUCAACCAGAAUUAUAGCUAUACCACAGAGAGCACUGAAGCCAUUUUCACCAAUUUUCCCUGUAAGUCUUCUUCUGUCUGCUCACCUGGGGUCUUUUUGAAGGACAGCUGAAUGUCUUGAACUAGCACAAAGUAGGAUGACUCAUACAGUACAUAGUGUUAAUUCAAUUGAUUGAUGAAGUAUUGUACUGACAGUCGACGGAUGUUUUGUGAGUACUUCCAACUUGUUGUGCAAGAGAAAAUCUUUGUGGAGCUGUGAGAAAGACAUCAUAACCUUGUGCCUUUGCUCCUGGUCUGAAUGCUUUAAUGCAGGUAAAGCAGGGCCACUGUGACCUGUAUUGAAAAUCAAUCUCAGGAAAUGAUUUUUGAAAGUAUUGCGCAAACAUGCAAAACUGACCAUAUAUGUAGACCGCAAUGUUCCUUCUUUUACUAUUUUAGAAUAUUGUUGAUGAGGCCACAGAAUUUCAAAAGUGUAGAGGCAGUAAUUGAACUAGGCUGUCAUUUUCACCUCAACUUAAAUAUAUCAUCCCGCUACCCUCGGGGCGCAGGUACAAAACCAUCAAGUUUAGGAGGGCUCAGCCGGGGAAAAGCCUGAUGGCCACCCUGAACAGCAGGCCCGGCUGAUUUGUCCGUCCGCUAUUGUGUUGUCAUUUAAGUUUGUCAUCAUUGCUGUCAUGUAUGUCAUUUAUUGUUGGUGUGUAUGUAGUGUCAGUUGUUGUCUGUGAUGUGCAAUUACUGUCAGAGAAGACAAAUCUCCCUACGGGGCAAAUAAAUCAAAUCAAACUUCUGAAGCCAGCCUCUAGUGGACGCUGUAGGAAAUUCACUUUUUUGCACUUCCACGUUGGCUUUGUUUUUAAGUAGACAGCCAGUCAUUAUUAGGUUAAUGUGGUGACAUUUUGGGUGGUCAAAUUGAUUUUGUACCCUGGAUGUGCCCUUGCAGCUGUGCCCAUCAUAGUUACAAAGUGUGCUCUAUUUUAAUGAUGUAUAUGUCAAGGAAAGGAGUGAAGGUAAAACUUAAAGAAAAAAUGGCCGGUGUCAGAUUGGCAGUACAUCCAUCACUUGAGUGUUUCUCAUCAGGAGGUGAUGUGGUGAAUUAGUCAGUGAAGAACGCUGGAAUAACAACAUGCCAAUCAGACUGCUAUACUUAACCAAGUCCGUCACCGGAAACUAUGAUACAUGGGACUAAAGAAGAGCUAAUCAGCAGAGGAUCACACAGUUUUUAUUUUUAGAACAGCAACAGAUGGUUUUGCAAUGAAGGUGUGACAACAGCAACAUGUUAAGCUUAAGAAUCAACCCACCCACUGAAAUUCAAUGGCUGUUUCGGAAAUCACUCUGACAUUCGGUGCUCCCCAUUCCCCAGCUCUCUGUCGUGAGAUACAUAAGCUCUCUAGCACAAUAAAUAAUCCACCUGUAAUAGCCUUUCUCCCAAGACCUCUGUAAGUGAUGACACCAAUACCAUGACAUAAGUAACACACUCAGCUGAACGUUGGCUGGAAGUAAUCAUAACAGUACCGACAGUCGAACCCAAUAACCCCAUGAAGAGUAUUUUUACGUUUAUGAAAUCGUUUGAAAUUCAUAGUAAUGACCUUCUCUAUGAUAUCCUAAUUUAUAAUGCCUGAAACUGCUGCAAGGAGGUAGAUGUCUUUAUUUGUCAUCUACAUCAGAGAUGCACCAAUCCUUUUUGUUUACGAUCCAAUCUGAUACCCACACCUGAUCUGAGCAUGUAGUCCAAUAUCUGAUACCGAUCCAAUAUUACUGUUGAAUGAAUGAACUGUAUACCUUGCCCUGUGAGUGGAGGCAUCAGGCUUGACAUUAGCCUUGUUAAAAAAAGGUAACAAAUUAACACAGAUAUAAAUUUACUGAAUAUUAUUUAUUAACAAAUAACAAAUGCACAUUAGCACACAGCAAAAAGAAGUAAGACUUUCAUGUAUUUAAAGAAAAAUUAAUUAAAAGAAAAAAAAGACUCAAUCGGAACGCUGGAUCAGCGUCAUUCAUCAGAUAUCUGAUCCAGUCAACUUGUCAAUAUCGGAGCCGAUAUCCGAUCCAAUUAUCAGAUCCCUAUUCUACAUGCUUGAUUAGUGACUUUUGGCAGUCAAAUGUAUCGUUCAUUGUGAAUAUUUUAUGUUGAAAUUAUAAAAACUGGGCUGUUUCUUCUUCUGCUGACACCUAUUCCCUCACACCAGUUUCAGGCAUUAAAUCAGGUUAUAAAAACCAUUAGUCUUUCACAGAUGGUCUUGUUUGAUUAUGCAUAUCAUGAAAAGGCAUCCAUGUGAAUGUAAGUCUAUUUCAUAUAUGUAAAAAAAAAAAAGAAAAAACUCCUCAUGAGAGCUUUAAAAUCCUGGUUGAAUGUAAACAUUGUACUUUUAUUAAAAUACUAAAGUCAUAUUUCAUGGAAAGUAGCUUUUAGAUUUCUGAGAAACUGCAACAAAUUUUCAAAAUCUUUUCUGUUAUUUUUUAACACAGAAUGAGAAUCCGAUUUAAGAUCAGACAGACUGCUGGUUUUGCUCUCAUUGUACAUCCCUCGUUUUUCUUUACACCAAAUGCACAAGGGCACAACAUGCUUGGGUGAUAAUGAGCAUUCAUUGAGCACAUUAUUCAUUGUGAGCUAUAAUUGGCCCAAUGCUCAGGGAUAAUAAUUCACAUGCGGGAUUCAGACUACAGUUUAGUUAGCUGGAUUCCCAGUAUAGUGCAUUGUACAGGGAGUGCUUUGUUAUUUUUAGACACAGCAAAUGUAUUAGUGCAACAUUAGAGAUGAUGGAGCAUAAACUGAUGGUUAAAAAUGCAAUAUUGACAAGCUGGAAAGUGAAAAAAAGUGGACAACAAUAAUACCUGUGAUGCUUGUUUUUAGCCUCUGCAGGGUUGUGAUUUUUUGUUGGCAUGAAUCAGAUUUAAUAAAUCCAGUGAGUGCAGGUGUCUUAAAGGUACAAGGCUGUUGCAACUGAAGAGAUGUAUUGAUUUUAUUUAUCCCAAAGACAUGUCCUUGUAAAGAAGAAAGAGCCACAUGUAGGUUACUUCUUCAAACACUCUUUAAAAGCGUGUUUUUACCUUUAAAGUUGGAGGGGUUUCUGCUCUUAAAGCACUAGUUUUGAUAGUGUGUCAAGAGAUUUCUUUUUCCAGCUGAAUGGUUGGCAACAGGAGGACUUUGAAUCUUGAUAUUUUCAAAGGUUAAUUUGAGAUUCAGUAUCAACAAGAUAACAUCCAUAUGAAUUCUAGCCCGACACACUAAUCUCAGGAUUAAUUGUGCCUGUCGAUGCUGAUGAUUAUCACUGAUCAUGUGUAAUCGUAAAAUCUUUUAGCCUGCUCAUUUCAAGCUGGUGAAUGAUGCGGUGAUACUCCCCUUUGGCGCACUAAGCAUAAAAUACUUCAAAAUGACACAAUUAUUGUUAUGCCGUGCAGCAAAUGGAGUAUUCGAUAAUCAUUGUUUUAGAAAAGACUGCCGCUGUUAUUUUGGUUUGGGUAAUGAUAGUCAACAAAAAGAGUCACUACAAAGACAGGAGCAAUCGUGAAUAAUGUUUCCCCUGUUAUCAUUUCUUUUAUCUUCUUUUCCUCUAUACUGUCCCCCUCUUCAAUGAUUUUAGAUUUUACGCAAUGCACCAAUACAGCAGCUUUGUUUUCUCACAUGGAAAUUGCAGUGUAUUAUGUACCUUUGCUGCAACCCAGUACACUGUGUACUUUUCAUAACAUGAUGAAUCAGAAAGCAUACAUUGCCAUUAUUCUCUUCUGUUAUUCAUUUAUUGUUUGCCACCCGUGUGCCCAUUAAACCAAACAUUCGAAUGUAAAAGCAGUCAGAUAGUAUUGUGUGUUGUACACAUGUGCCAGCAGAUCAGAUUUGAAAUGAAGCAAACAUUAUCUGAUUGAAUUACACGGAAAGACCAGAACCAACAAUGCCUCUGUUUGCAUGACUCCCCUGACCUGUCUGUGGGUCUUUGGCACAACCUUUUGGUGUCUACUGAGAACAGAGAGUCAUUUCAAAAGGUCAGAUAUAUGUUGUUUCAUUUUAUGAAAAGGUUAAGUGGCUGAAUUAUUCAAAACAGGGAGGCAUGGUGGCUGUUGUACAAAUACCAUAAAACCAGAGGAAUAAAACUAGCUUGACCGCAUCACACAUGGGCUGUAGGUUCAAAUAUCAGUAUAUACCUCACAGUUCUUACAAAAUAAAGUUCAAAAUGUGAACACGUGGGAGCAUUUGCGUGAGGGAAUAACCCCCCUGUGUGCAGUAUUGUGAUUUUGCACUGACAAUGAAUUACAAUAAGCCUUUAAGGAGCAACACACAUGAUACUGCAUGUGCAUAUGUGCUGCUCUCAUAAUGAUAAGUUGUUUUUGCCCAACAAGACUCAAAUAAAAUCAAUCCGUUUAACUGCAUUUUGAAAAUAAUCCUCGUGUGCUGACCACAGACAUGGUCAUUCGAGUGCUGUGAUUUCACAAAGUGCUGCCCCGCUUCUCGCUCAGCGGUGAACUUUUAAACCAGCUUUCAUGCAGACACUCAGCCUGAUCACACGGGUGACGUCAGAGAAAGUCAGCAAGGGCUCAGUGCUUAAGGCUCAGGCUGUGUUCACAUAAUAAAGCAAUGGAUGGCUAUGAAGGAGGGAUUUCCAUGUUAAAUUUGAGAGUACAUGUUAUCCCUGUUACAAUAUUCCAGAUGGGCUACGUAAGGACUGAGAAACUGUGCAUUUACAGCCGCAGUAUAAUGGUAAUGAACACAGAAUUUGAUGGUUUGUUAAGCAUUUAAACCCUUUACCUAGAAGACAGCAUAUCAGAUGUUUAUGUUUCCAAAAGGUUGGGACAGGUGCAACAAAUGUAAAGUACUGUAAAGUUGUCUAACACUAAAAAGGAAAAAAGCAGGGAGAGACAUCCCCCCACUAAACAGGUUGAUUUAGACACCUGUUUGGGUAUAUAAAAAAAGGCAUUUAAUAGAGGUUGAGUCUUUUAGAGGUACAAGGCAGAAGUUUAACACUCUGUGAGAUACUGCAUGAUCAAAUACCUCAACAAUGCAUUGAAAGCAUUCAGGGAUUUUACUUAUCUACAGUAAUAUCAUUCAAAGAUCCAGAGAAUCUGAAGAAAUCUCUGUACAAAAGGAAAAGGAAGGUAGUGGAUGGUCAUAAUCUUCAUGCUCACAGGUAGCAUGCUCACGAUAUUAAAAAUAGACAUGACUCUGCAGGGGAAAAUGCCACAACAGUGGCUGAAAAUUACAUCUGCAAACCUUUUUCUCUGAUCACAGUUUGUCCCUUCAGUCACAAAUGCUCAUUAAAACAGCAUGAUCCAAAAACACUGCUGACUUCUCUUUGCUUGGGCUCACUGAAGACGGACUGGGGCAAAGUGGAAAAAUUGUCAUUUGUCAUUAUUUUGGAAAUAAUAAACGCCACAUCCUCUGCUUUAAAGAGGAGCAUUUUGUAAACGUACAAUUUAAAAGCCAUAAUCCAUGACAGGAUAAAUAUGUGUAAGUGCUCACUAACAGAUUGCUACACAUUAUUGCUGAACAUUACAGACAGGUUUUGGAGCAGUGUAUGUUGUGAUCCAAACAAUGCCUUUUUCAGAGAUAACCGCUCAUAUUUCAGCAAAACAAAGCAAAACCACAUUCUGCCCAACAGCAUGGCCUCAUAGUAGAACCUUCUGUAUGCUGAAACAGACCUGCCUGAAAUCCACACUCACAAGAAGGAGUCUUUAAACUGUUUACAGCUAAAAUCAGGCUUAUCUUUUCAUCGUCAAAACUCUAGAAACAGGUCACAUUUAGGUAGUGCUGUUAAAGAAGAAGUAAACCAUAGACCGUAUAUAGAAUGGACAGCAUCUGCCUCCUCGCUGAGUAAAGCCACCCUGAGAACAGCGCCCUCUGGUGACGGGAUGCAGUUAAGGUCAUAAAUCCCACCUCCUCCAGCAAUCCCUAUGGAGCUGUGGACAAACUUUAGAAAUUUAUUACACAGAAUAUAAAAUUUUCUCCCUCCUGCAUGUGAUGUUGUAAGACUGUUUUUUUCUGUACAUCUCCAUUUUUAAAAGUUAUUAGGGAGUUUAUGUUUUCUAUGAUCGACACUUGAUACAGCCUAUGGGUGUACAAAGAUUGCAUAGCUCACUCUGGGAUACGCUGUUUGAGCUGAGUGUCAUCACAGAGACUCUAUACUGACGGAAAGUGGAAGAAAGUUGUCCAUCAUGUACAGUUUUUACACUACUUUAACUUAAUCACAGUUUAAAUGAUUUGCCAACAAAAACACUGUGUUUUAAUAACAUUUUAGACAGCAUUGGAAUUUAGGUGUUUGCUUAAAGGUACACACAAUAAAUAUACAUUGAUUCGUAAAUAUCAGUACAACUUGAGCCAACAGUAAAGCUCUUUUAACCAGUUAUCUAGCAGCCCAAACUUUAUACUCAUCCCUCUUUAUGACCAAAAAAAGCAAAACAGACCAUCAACUAAAAUAGACCACUAAUGUGUCAUUUUUUUGCAGUCAUCCAUAUGACUAUGUGUUUGAUUGUGACAUGGCAAUUUGCCACAUUCAGGCCUCUGGGGCCUUUUUCUGUGUUUUUCCCAGCAUAAAUCAGAGAGGAAAGUUUGCUAGCCAGUUUUGACUUCGCAGAGGGAGAUUUUUCUUCAAUCACUCUGCACACAUCUACAAGACAGGAGAAGCUGAGGGACGCCAACAGAUGCAAUCAAGCAAGAAAUGAUAGCUAGUGUAAGUGUUGAGUCAGUGAUAUUGUACAAGUCUGGAGGAAAAUCAAGCUGUAAUGUGCUUUUUUUCAAAAGUCGAUUUCCAAUGUUUGUAUUACACUCCCCAUUUGAGACAUCAGUGAUGUCAAAAUCUUUCAUAACCCACUUUUCCCCAAAGGUCUGUCUCAUGCCGUCAGCAUGAAAAGUGUCUAAAGAUAGUGUCUAAAGUUUCUAAAGAUAGAUUUGACAUUAUAAAACAGUAUUUUUAAAGGAUGUGUCUAGAUUAUUUAAAGCUCCUACGAGGAAUUUUUAGCUGGUUAUGGAACAGGCUGAAAUUAAUGGCUGUGUCUUUUAUGAGCUAAUAAGGCAAACAAAACCCGGAUACUAAAGAUAGACUCUUUCUACACAGUUAUUUCUAAUGCACGGAAAUGAUGAAACAGAGUGUCUGAUGGCAUUUUGCAGAAAAAAGUUUUCAGUGUUUACUCUAGCUGUUAAAUAAAUGCUGAUUUAGAUUUUUUUUUGUGCAAGACAACAUCAGCAACAACAAAGAAGGUAACAAAAGGAAGAAUUUGGCUUCUUUUGAAUCAAUCUAUUUAUCAAUGCUAAGUGGAAAAAAGGUCCAAACCUUUAUUGUAAAAAAUGGCUAUCUUAAUAUUCUGUAUUUUCACAUUUUAAGCACAGUGGCGUACUAACCUCCAAACCAGCCUGCUGCUUUACUGUAAAGCAGGGGUGACUGUAUCUCUCCUAAUACUUGGUUGGUUUAUCUAAAAGCAUCUUAUUUGCUUUGUUUUCCUGAGAGAACAGUUCGCAAAGGUCAAUGAAGGGGAGGAUGUCGGUCAUGAUCAAUCAUGUAAAAGUUCAUCACAGUGGGUGACUGUCACUGCGGAUCUGAUUUUCUAAAAGCACACCCUUUUAACCUCUUCCCUGUGAAAUGAACUGCCCAUCGUGUUACUGAGGUGUGUGAUGAAACAGCAGAGGGCUAACCGUGUUUGUCUAGAUCGGCGUCAUUUAUGGAUUUCAUGCUGAGUGGUGAUGUUUAAAACUGUGUGGUGAUGUUUAAAACUGAGUGGUGAUGUUUAAAACUGUGUGGUGAUGUUUAAAACUGUGUGGUGAUGCCUUUUGAAGAGACGAUGAGUCAGCUGAGAUGCCGCCUCUACAACAGAUCUUAUACAUAAUCUUCGAUCACUUUUAAUGAAAAUCCAAAAGCGCGAUCAUCCAUUUAGCUGUUUUCUGUGAGCAAUGGUUUUGCGUUAGCUCUGUUCGUUUUGAAGUUUUAUCCAUCUUCUUCUGCACAAAAUGCUUUAAGUAGUAGUAAAAGGAUUUUAUUCUUUCUGUCUUUGAGAUGUUUGUGCUGUGUUUGUUCUCAAGAGAGAAAGCCGAGACUUUGAUCCAUACUUUUAUUACAUCCAGAACUGACUCACAGCAUUUUUAUGGUACACCAUCCCAAGUGCUGAAGGAACUUCAGUACAUCUAGAAUUUAGCUGCUUGUUUACUCAACUACUCCCAGACCAUGUUACCAUGUUAAAAUUAAAGUGUAAUUUUAAUUUGUAAAGUAUCUGAGUAUCUUGAAAAGCGCAAAAUGAAUUAAAUGCAUUGGUUUUAUUAAAAAAAAAGAAAAUCCAGAAAUCAAGUCUAGAAAACACAGUUUAAAGGAAAAUGCUGUCCCAGAAGAAAAAAUCAUUUGCAACAGAAGUGACUGUGUGAAUUAAAGCGAUAAAAAAGCAGAAAGGUCAUGAACUCCUGAGAGGAAAAAAACAACCUCAAAGUGGUCACAGAGUUUGAUUUGGUAAGAUGUUGGGUUAUUUCAGGAAGCUUUAGUCCUCCAUGAAAUACACUGUGACUGCUUUUAUAACCAAUUUAAUCUGAAUGUAAUCUAAUGCUACUCUGUUCUCUUUAAUGCACUGUUUAAAAGCAGGAUGGUUUUGACUGAUGCACUUCUAAGGGAUGACGCUGUAUCUUCAAUAUUUAGUGAUUGGACAACACAAAAGUGGACUCAAAGGGUGAUGCUCGUGUGACAAACAAAACACGAUAAAGUGCCCUUUAAAGAGGAGGAAAUGUGAUAAAGUGCUAUUCCAGUGGAAAAAAAAAAGGGUUUGGGGCUCUAUUCACGGCAGAAAACAUGGUGAUGGGCUCUCUUGGGUGUCCUUUAGUGGCCAUAAAGGAUGUCCCACAUGUUUGACUAUUUACUACACUCUCAUGCGUUUUUUCGCCCCUAGGCAGCCUGAGCCCACCACUGUGGACACAUUGUCAGACUUUGUGUUGGAUAAAGGAUAAACAAAGGUUGAGCUUUCACUGAGUUUUAAUCUUCGUCCCUAUGAACAAACAGCCUUCGGCAGAACACCCCAGUAAGGGGGUUUUCAUUUUAGUAUGCAGUGAGUGAACUUGAGAUGUGCAUGGAGCAGAAACAACUCGUGCAUACAGUAUCAGGGUACAGCCUCACAGGUUAGUCUUCCCCUCUUCUGCGCAGCCUCAUGGGAACUUGUUCAGAAUGAGAAUUGAUGCUGAGAGUCAGAAUGAGUUUCAUAGGAAGGCUUUUCCUGAUUUGAAGUCAGAAUCAAAGCCCUCAAAUCUUCUUAUGUUGGUGUACAACUAACAGUCGCAGACUUGAGUGGUAUUAUUACCAUCGCUGAGUGUAGGGAACGCUUUGUUGUCAUUCGGGUUGAUUUACAGCACUGGAAAACGGGGCUGUCACUGAGAAAUAAUGUUAUUCUGUUUGCUUGUCUUGUCAUGCUGCUCUCGGGGCUUCAAAGCAAACUCAGAUGUACUGUAAGUUCAAGAUGACACAGAAAAGAUGUUUUUGAAUGUGAAUGAAUAUGAGUUUGGUGACACCAACAAGGGGCUAGCUGUGUGUUGUUGGUGUCACAACAAAAACUAAUAUAAUGGCUGAUAAAAACAGAACAUUUAACAGAAUAAAACAAUGUUUUGUUAUUCUCUUUUUACAUAUUUACUUUUUAUUUUUUUUAGACUCUUGUGAGAAAAGAUAAAUAUUUUAAAGUGAAGUUGCCCCAACGGCUGGUUGUGCCUUUGUCAUCAUCAUGCAUCAGGAAAAGUUUAUAAAUUAAAAAGAGGGAGGAGUGCAGGGGCAGAGAGGAUUUAUGAGACCCGACAGUGCACUUGUGGCCCCCCCAGCUAACUCAGCCUGUUACAGGAAUGGAUUUUCUCAUACUUUAGUUGACAGGUUAGACGUGCAGUGGGGAAAGAGGUUCACCUCAAACAUUUACGUCCCAUCAUUCUCUCAUUAAUGAAAUCAAAACUCGUGUUCAUCAGUAAUAAUGUAGAUUAGUAUUCUCAUCAUCUGGUCUUCCUCAAGGAAAAAAAGGGGCCUCUGACGAACAUUAAUCACGAUUUUCAUUAACAAAAUUAACUGGCACAGAGGCCACAAUGGAGGAGACAUUAAUUAUGUAUCUGUUCAGAAAGAGGCAAAUUGGGAGGCAGCGUUGGGUACACUGAGCUGUACCGCCAGAUACUCAAGCUUGCUAUGGAUAUCUAGAACUACGGGUAUAAUGAACACUGAGCACUGACAGAAGGCUCCAUCUGUAUCUGUAUCCCUCCUCCUGUGUUAGGGUCUGUACCGACCCGUUUUUUAUUUUAUUUUAAAUGCUUAAAAAAAAACACUUAAAUAAGUUUUUCUUGCAUCAAGACUUUUUGACUCUCUCAGUAACCUCUAUUUAAACAAAAACAAAAAAAAACAAAAAUUAAGUUGACUAAAUUAUAAAAUGCUCUUAUUAAAAUGAUGGCACUUGUGUUAGGGUCACUGUUGACCUGAUUAAAUAAAUAUCUAAUAAUUAGAGCAAAAACUGAAAUCAUAAGUGCACUGUCAGGCGCCACACUGACAGUCAGAUCCUCUUCCAAUCAUGUGAGAUUUAGGAAAUUCUCAUUUUGCCUGUUUUUUUCCAGCACAAAAAACAACGUUGGGCAUGUCCAGACAUGUGAGAUCAAUUCAGUAUAGAUAUCUGUGUGAAGGGACAAAGAAAGGUCCAGAGGCCCACUACAAAAAAUAUUAUAAGCGAUAUUUUUAUGGAUAAUGAAGCCGAACAAGGUCAUCUAGAGAUGAAAACCAAAUUGGAUGCUAGAGAAUUGUUUUUAGUAUAAUUUACAGCAGAUAUAAGACACGGGUCAAAACCGACCCUUAACAUGGUGGGUGCGUAGUAAAAGCUAACACAGGAGGAAGGAGUACACUAACAUUGUGCUUAAAUGAGCCUGAAGAAGUGUUUUCUGGUAAAAAAAUAAAUAAAAAUCUCACCCUUCUUCCCUAAACAGACAAACAUAUCGCUCUUUGCUUGUACUGUCAGAUGUCUGGUCUGACAUCGACCCCCUAAUAGCAGUUAAGGGCACUAAUAAUAACAAUCUAAGAAUAUUCAGUCUCGCAGCCAACUUUCUUGUUCACUUUUGUAAGUCAUCACUGGUAAAGAGGCAUCACUGGUAAAAUCAGUUAAUUUUAUACCUAGGGGAAAGAGGAACUUCAUUAAUUUUUCACCCAGUGGAGGUUGUAAUAAUUCCAGCUCGGACCAUUCCCCCUUUGAAUCAUUAUUUUAUCCCUCUGUGAAAAAAAUGAGCACUUUAAGAGAUGAGAAUGUCAAGAUGGACAAACAAACAAAAAACCACGGCUGUAAAAUCAAGUUUUUUCCACCUGCAGUUUUCACACAGGGUCAAGCAAGUCCUUACAUAUUUUGACGAUUUUGAAAAGGUUAUGCAUGCUUUUAUCACCACUUGUCUUUUUGUAAUGCACUUAACAUUGGUGUUAGUCAAGCUUCUCAGUCUCAUCUACACUUUCUUCAGGACACUGUACCUUGUCUUUUAUGUGGCAAAUAGACGCUGAAGCACACAUCACCCAUCCUGUCUUCCUGUUAUUGACUCCCUGUGUUUUGGGAUUGAUUUAAAAAUUUCAUUACUGGUCUUCAAAUCCCUCAAUGGGCUAUCUCCUGCCUAUCCCUCAGACCUUUUAAAACCUUACUGUUUAUCAAGAGCUCACAGAUCUGCAGACCAGUUGCUUCUGGUUGGCCCAUAGUCCGGAUUGAAGCUUAGGGGGACCGAGCUUUUGAGUUAGAACUCCAAAGCUCUGGAAAGCUCUGCCUCCAUAUGCCUCACUGCCGGUUUUUAAAUCAGAUCUCAAAACCCCUGGGCGUUUGGCUUAGCACAAACAUUCCCUUUUUAAUUGUUUUCCUUUUAUUUAUUAGUCUUAACUUUUAUUGUAUUAUUGUCUCUGUAUAAAAUUAGAUUAGAUAAAACUUUGUUUAUCCUUUGGGGAGUUCCCUCAAAGUAAUUGAAAUCAUUAAAAUUUGAACUGCUGUUUUUAUGGUUUUUAUGUCCUGGUUGUGCAGCUCUUUGAUAAAUUUGAACUGUUUUAAAUCUUCUUUAUGAAAGAACUUGGGUUUUAUUGGAUUUUGUCUCCUAUUGGGACAGUCCUCUGACUAACUUUAGCAUAUUUUGGCUCUGACAACUGAAACUAUUAUUUACCUUAAUUCACAGCACCUCAAAACCUUGUGCUUGUGUCAAUUUUGGCACCGACUGUGCACAACAGUCUCAGCUUAUCUUCUCAACCACAAACUAAAGUAGUUUCUGCUUCAAAAAUCUCAUCCUGCAAACGUUUGAUGAUAACAUCUAUCAUAUACUGAAAAUAUGUUUCUUCAUUGGUUUGGUACGCAGUGGUACGCAGUACUUGGAGCCAAUUUUUUUGUAGGUUGAUAGGGGAACGUCCCGCCUUCCUUCGCCUCUGAUUGGCUAGAAGUGCUGGGCUCCAAUGGGUUAUUCCUUGUGGCUGUGAAACGUUGUAGUGUUAGGAGAUCCAGAAGUUCGAUAAUGUUCUGUGAUGUUCUGUUUGGUGUACAGAGCUGACAGCCUGCGUUUGGUUAGAGCGUGUGAUGCCGUUUCCAGCUUUUCUAGCUAAUCAGAGGCGAAGAAGGCGGGACUUUCUCCUACCGUCCUACAAAAAAUAGCGCGUACCGGGGAGACAUAAACAGCAGUUCACGGCCGGUACGCAAACUUUCACCCCUGCAAUGUAAGUAAGAUACAUUUGCUUACCGUGUUGCCGCACAACAGUCUGCACUCUGCAUUGUAACCGUAGUAAUCCAGUAGGACCAUGCUGCUGGCGAGUGAGUCGUACUUAGUUCCGCAAACAAACAAACCAAACUUGUGGGAAGCGCUCGGUGCGCACUUUUGAUUGGACGCUGGUUGCCUAGGUGCUGGGGACCGCCUUUUGGGGAAAGAGGGAACUUUUGAAAAGACAGCUGCUGCAAUCUUAAUGCAGAAAUAAAACAAAAUGAAGAGAAAUUUUGAUUUUAUGUUCUGGAGAAAUACAGAUGCAGCAGAUGAUGAUACUGUGUUAUCAGCGUUGGCACCUUGUUAAACUUGGGUGUGCUCCUCUUGUACAAAGCCUACGGGUACAGUACCUGCAAGAACCUUAUCCUACUUUCACCCCUGGGGACAGGUAUGAGUGUGACAAUGUAAAAAGAUGUGUGGCAUGUUAGCUUGCCAUAGUUGUUUAAAUCUCUUUUGUUUGUUUGUGUCAAUUUGUCUCCUCCUGUCUUGUCCUCUGAUUUUUUUUUUCCUCAAAAAUCUCAUCCAGCUGACUUCUUACAAUCCAAUAUAGCCUUUGCUAGGAAUAUUUGAAGUGUGUCAGCUGAGCAGUUGUAAAAACCAGGUGGUUUAUUCAACUGCUCAGCUGACACCUAUGCCUUUGCACAGGUUUCAGGUAUUAAAAAUGGCAAAAUAAAAGCAGUCACUGUUGUUGCAGAUGAUCAUUUGCUUUUGUUUAUCAUGAAUAGACAUUGAUUUGAUUUUCAGUCGGUUUUAUAAACAUUAAAAAAACUCCUCACAACAGCCAUCAAGUAUGAUUUCAUUAUGAUUAUGAAGUACCCUUUUACAAUUGGUGUUAUAGUUUAUCCUCCUGAUUUAAAACAAGAUAGGAGCUGAUAUGACUAAAAGUUGUAUUGUUUACAUCACAUUCAACAUUGUCUCUAUAAAGAAAAUAUUGUUUGAUUGUUGUUUUGUCACUUGAAAAUAAAAUAUAUUUCACUUCCGGCACACCAGAGACAUUUUUGGCAUGCAGGGAGCUUUGGCACAUGAGGGGGACUGCAGCUAGAUAGUAUUGCAUCAGUAUGAUAAGCUUCACAUGCAUUCUUAGCUUGUAGGUGGUAGCUCAAACUCAAAACUUCAAAACUUUUAAUGCUGCUUGACAAAAAAAGCAAAAAUCACUUUUGACUUGUCAACUGUUCCCUCUGUGUGUACUUUGGAAGGAGAGUUCAGGUGUCGAUCCAGAUGACUCAUUGCUGUCUCUCUGUCUCUCUCAGGUAUUGUUUCGCUCAUCUCUCUGGUCAUCCUGUCUUAUGACCGCUACAGCACUCUGACUGUUUACAACAAGCGUGGACCGAACUACCGUAAGCCCCUGCUGGCUGUCGGGGGCUCCUGGCUGUACUCUUUGUUCUGGACUGUACCCCCUUUGCUGGGCUGGAGCAGCUACGGCAUUGAGGGGGCAGGAACCAGCUGCUCUGUGUCCUGGACGGUUCGAACUGCUCAGUCUCACGCCUACAUCGUCUGCCUCUUCAUCUUCUGCCUGGGGAUUCCUGUGCUGGUGAUGAUCUACUGCUACAGCAGGCUACUAUGGGCAGUCAAACAGGUAGGGGCAUAUAAGAGCGCGGAUAUAUGUGUUGGUGUGUUUCGGCUCCUUUUCUGUGUGUGAUGUGAAAUCUUGAACUCAAACUCGCUCAAAUUGACCCUCAAUAAUAACCCAACCUUGGAGCAGUGAACACUGUUGGCCUGAUAUGAAAGUGGUGAAAGAUAACUUGAUAACGUGCACUCAUCUCUCUGAUUUCAAACCUAAUUUAGAGGAAACUUCACGCAGGCUGAAACAUGAAAUAGAUUGGUGGGGGUUUCUGAUAGCUUGACUCCUCUGAUGCACAUUAAAGUCAGAGAGCCUGUGGGUAAUAUAAACAUUUAUCUGUUGUCCAGGGUAGCCUUCAAGAAAACAAGUCAGCCACCAAGACCUUUACCAGCCCUUGCAUGUCUACUCACUAUGCAACAGCCCAGGAGGCCAACUCCCCCCCUGAAAUAGGCCAAGAAAGAGCCAUUUCUUGCAGCGUUUCUGGUCUCCUAGGGGACCAGAAAAUAUCAGGAAAGUCCUCCCAUCUUUCUGCAAUAGAAUCUGCUCUCUCCUGGGAUGGCGGGUUGGCAGCAGAUGGUAGUGUUUGUCCCUUACAUUUAGUAUAUAACCCAGUUGUUAAAAAUACACCCUUAAGUUUGCCCUUGAAGGCAAGACGAAAAAGGAGGAUCUAUUUUUAAAGUCAAAUGUAACUUGGUUUAUCUCCAUUUCAUGCCUGAAGAGAAAAUGGUGAGGAAAAAGAACCUGAUUCGUGGAAAAUAGAUCUUUGAUACUCUGCACUGCAUGGCAAGUUUUUGUUGCUAUCUUUGACAGGUGUGAAAAAGAAUAGUUUUAUGUUUUGGGUGUUUUCUCCUUCAGUAGGAGAGCUGAAGAGAGACGAAUGUUGGGAGCAGUGAGUGGGGAAAACAUGCAGUAAAGAGUGAUAGAGAUGAACGAAUGACCGCUGCCAUGACGACUACAGCUGCUAAACAUGAGGUGCAAAAUAUUUUUACAAUCGACAAAAACAUUUGUAAUUUUUAAAGUGUCUUUUGCUACCUGUGGAGCAAGACAAACAUAAUCCCCCCAGCUGAAAGAUAUGACUCAUUGUUUGAAUUUGAGUCACUCUGCAAAUGCAGAUACAACAACAAAAAAAGGCAAUAGCAGAUGCAUAUAAAGAUAAUUAGCCGUUAGUAUUAGCAGCCACAUCAAACCCUCACUCAGGUCUGACAGUAAAAAGGAAAUAUUUUAGAGUAUGUGUCUGAAUCUCCUGUCUGCUGUGACUUAAACAUUAUUCCCUUAUAUAAAACUCUGCUACCUUCCAACCUGAAAAAUGUUAAUGUAUAUUUUUCCUCUCUGUCCUAUGAAUAAUCAACCCAUGGUUUAUUCUAAGUAUUUGUUGAUCAAAGCUGAUCCACAAAGAAGAACAGAUGAGUUCAAACGUUUACAAAAGUUAAGACCUUGGUGAGUUUUGUUGUUGCACAAUAAACUUUCUCUUUCUGGAAAUACAUCCAAAAAAUCUUUUCACUUUUCUGUCCCGACAACUUUGACACACGUUUGGUUCUACUGGAGAAAGGUGAAAGGGUUCCCGUCAAUCACUCUGAAAAGCUGGGAUCUCCAUACCAAGCAGACAGCUGACAAACAGAAGCAGUGCAUGGUGACAGAUGUGAUGGUGCGACUUUAGUGCAUCGCAGGUUUGAUGAAAUGUGAGACCGGUGUGCAUACAUCAACAGUAAAUGUCAGGCUGGAUGACAGACCAUGGAUCACACAGAUAUCUAUCACAGAAAGUUAUAGAUACACUCCUCACACCAGUAGACAGACCAUAAUGCAUUGCAGCGAGCAGCUGUAAUUACCCUCAUAUCUGCAGGUAUCUUCCGUAUGUUUUGUCAACUUUGAUUUAAUCAAGAAAAGUCAAUCCAACCGUGCACUUGAGAUGGUGAUUAAUCUGCCAAAAAUACUUUAAUUCCUGUCAACUAUGAGUGUUUUCGCCUAUCUCCAAAGUAGCAGCCACAUACAGUCAGUUUUGUCCAUUUUUAACAUAAUGUGAAACUUUAAAUAAGCCUGAUAAACUGCAGGGAAACAUCCCCAUGGGGGUUCUUGCUGUCUUUAGCCUGAAGCCGAUAAACCUUGUUGGGGACUUAAGCCCUCUCUACUUUUGUCAUUGGUAAAACUUCAUUUAUAUGUGUGAAGUGAACAACUUGAUUGUUAUUCAGGUCCGCACAGCCAUUUGGGAGGCCUGGAUAAAGGCCACAAGCUGAGUCUGACAAUAAUGUGUUUGUUAGUGCCGGUAAUGUUGCUGGAGUUUAAACCUCUUUAGACUUUCAUACUCUGUAAGCUGUGCCAAAAUUUAAGAAGAACUCAAUAUGUUUAAAAGAUUAGUACUUUAUUUCCCUUAAAAGUAACUGUGUACAUACAGCACAAGACACUGUUUUUUGUCUCAGCAAUACGGUUAAACUCGGCCCAGACAGGAAGAGGUGAAGAGGGACUUGUUGAACCUCUUUUACACCAGUCACUGAACAUCACUUUACACCAGUAAUCAUGGCACUGAUGGGUACAGUGAGUUUUGCAAAGUUCCCAGGAGAGAUUUACUUACACUCUCAAUGAUUCACUCGUGAGAGCAAGGGGGCUGGGGGUAGGGGGGGGCAGAGCAUUAAGCCGCAUAAAGCUGAGCUGCCUUGACAAAGCCUAAAGCCACGCAGGCUUUGGACCUCAGUCUUUGAAGUGCUGCACAAAUAAAGAUUAUUAGAGGACAAUUGCACAGUGAAUGAGAGGGAUAUGCUGCUCUGGCACUGCUAUCUAUGAGCAUAAUUACUCGAAAAGGGAUUUUCCUUUGGCUGAAUCUGGGGUCUCCUGAAGCAGCUGGACAGCUCGUUCCCACAUAAAUGAUAUUCCCUGUUAGCAGUGACCUUCUUAUGUCAAUAAGCAGCUCUCACAAAGUGCCCUUUACCUAUAAUUACCCCUGUGUGGGCCAAAUUAGCUAAAUUGAUUUCACUUUGUAGUCAUUACUUUGUUCUCUGACUUUUAAGCACCGGAGAAAAUGAGCUCAUGCAGACUACUUAUAAUGUUAGCUGACAGAGUCCAUUUUACAAAGCAAUUAUACAUUCAAGUGAGUAGUUUUAGGGAGAUACUGUUGGUAAUGAGAUUAGGAAUAAUGUGGUAGGGGCAGAUUUUAGGUUACAUAACUUAAAGCAUUAAAUCACUGAUGCACUCUUUUCACCCAAAUUGCACAUUUUUCUGUCCAGAGUCAUGACUGAAAGGCUGAAAGGCACUAAGGGGUCCUGUUUGUGCGUCAUUCACUAUCAACUGUUUUUCACUGACUGCAGUGCAGUGUGGGUUAUGAAACAACAAUCUGGUGUAGAAAAAAGGUUUCAUCUCUAAUGACGUCAAGCAGCAUCUGCCUGUCUGUUCAAAGUGAACACCCCUGAUCACAAAAUAAAGAAGAUGGAAAUUGAUUUUCUUCCUUUAAGAUGAAAUAACUGAAUAUAUGAAACCUGUAGUUGCACCAGCUGCAGACACUCAAAGAGAUUCAAUCAACAGGUACACACACACACACACACACACACACACACACACACACACACACACACACACACACACACACACACACACACACACACGUACACACAUUGUACAAAAUAGAGAACCUUUUGCACAUUCCUGUAAGGUAUUAUGAGCAUUUUGGGGAUUUCUUUUUGUCUGGGGGAUGCUAAAAACAGCCCUCAGCUUUCCUUUUAUAAUGUAGCUCAAUCCAGUAACCUGUAACCUGGUCCAGAAGAGAAAAGUACACCUCUAUCAAAGUAAAGACUCCCAUUUUAUCACAUCUGUCUCCACGAAAUGUUCACUUUCUUUGUGAUCACUUUCAGACUUUGUAGCUUCUCCUGUCUGUACCUGCCACACAGACUCUUCUCUUUGACAAGUUUCACUCAAAGUGGUUUCUGGGAAAAUACUCCUUUUGUGUAAAACGCACUCUGAAGUCCUUUCAAAAGAAAGUAAGAAGCACUCCAGUUGAUAGAUCAUUACAUGAAGUGCCAGUCUUCCAAGGUUAUGGUGCUGUCUUAUCCCUCUCUUAUCAACUUUUGAUACUGUAUGCACAUUUCACACUUGUUGCUACACUUACAGUUUAAUUUGAACCAUGCCUUUCGUUACUGUCUAUAUGCAAAAGAAAAAAAUUCUAAAUCAGAGAUUUGUGAAUUUGAAGAAUUGUCUAAUUCAGGCGAAACGGUUGUAUUUAAGAAGAAGAAUAAGAAGAAUAAGACGAACUUUAUUGAUCCCUGAAGGGAAAUUCAAUUGUCUGUUGUCUCACAUAAUAUGUCUAUAAAAGUUAUCUAUUAUUUACACAAGAGUUAUAAAGCCUGAUGGCUGUUGGUACAAAAGAUCUUCUGAAUCUUUCUGUCCUGCAGCGAAGAGAGAGGAACCAUCCACCACCAUUUGCCCUUUGGUCCAUCAAGGUGUUGUGAAGUGGGUGAUCCAUGUUCUUAAGAAUAGUCUCCACCUUCCUCAGUGUAGAUCUCUCCUUUACAUCCGCCACUGAGUCCAGCUUGAGUCCUACCACAGAGCCAGCCUUUUUCACCAGUUUGGAAAAAGUAUUAGAAUAAAUAUUAAAAGUAUUAGUGAAACAUUACUUAAGCAUUAGUUCAUACUUAAAUAUAGAUUCAAAUGCCAAUGUAACACUGAAGUAUGCGUUACCUUUCCUCUUCGAGUCCUUAGUGAACGAAGGUGAUAAAACUUUAAGGUAAGCCCAUAGUUGUUGGUAACAGAUAGUGAGUAAUAGUAUUACUACUACUACUACUACAAUGGACGACAUCAGGCCUCCUAUGGACAGUGGCAGGCCCCAAACAGACAACACCAGGCCCCUAAUCGACACUGGCAGGCCCCUAAUAGACAGUGAUGGGCCGCCAAUGAUCAAUGGCCCCCGAUGCACAGUGGCAGGCUUCAAAUGGUCAACAGCAGGCCCUUACUGAUCAACAGGCCUCCCACAGUCAACAGCAGGCCCCUGAUGGUGAAACAUUGUACAAUAUACCACUAUGGCUGAGUCAGAACCGAGACCUUAGGAGUCGUGUGAAUGACAUGGAGCACCUUCUUCAGUGUGAGAGAGCAAAGACGGCAAAGCAGAAAAAGAGGCCUCAGAAAAACAGGUGGCAAAAAUGACACCUUUCUUUAAUGCAGCUCAGGAGAUAUCAAUUUAUGAGCACAAGACCAAGGAAGAGCUCCUGGUGCUUGUUGCAGCUUUGAGCAGCCAGCUGAAAAGUGAAACCUGUUACAAAGCAGUCCUGGAAAAAUAAUUAGAGGGCGCCAAGCAUCAGCUCGCGCGACCCAUUUUUCAGAGAUUGACUGAAGAAAAAGAGGCUCCUCAACAGGAGAUCCAGAUCCUUAAGAAGGAGGCAGAGAGCAGUGAGAAAGGUACAGAGAAACUGGAGAGGUUAGAGUUAGAGCUGGAGAAGACCAACAGCAUCCCCCAGCUUAACUCCCAACUGAUCAUUCAGGUAAAGGCUAAUGAGACACUACAGAGGGAAGUGGAUGGAUUCAAGCAAGAAGAGCUCUAUGAGUGUGUGACAAAGGAAAAGGACAGCAAGGGAGACACUCCUGUGGAUGUCACACCACUGCAUCAGGAACAAUAUACCCAAACACCUGAAGCCAACCAAAAUACAUCAGAGGAGAUCCAGGGGGCCACUGAGGAGAUCCAGAGAAGAAUUCAGGCGAUCCGUGAUGCCAUGGAGGAGAUCAAGAGAGCACGUGAGAUGGAGCGUGUCUCAUCAUGGCGGAGGUUUGAGAAGUGGAUGACUCCAAGGAACAAGCAACAGGGGCAGAAUCAGGUGUGACCAUCCCCCCAACACACAGGUAGCGUAAUUGUUCAGUAUUGAGUCCUCAUGGACAAAAGCCAUCUGGUUUCUGUCCAUCAGGACUCGAUACUGAAUCACUGCAGCUACAGUAUGUGGGGUUUUCCCAGGAUCACUACGGUUUCCCCCCCACAUCAAAACUGUUACAUUGAAAAAAAUUCAUAACUUGGGCUUGUCCCAUUGACUUAAGUGCAAAAUAUUUCUGCAGGUUUUUUUGUGAGAAUUUGUGAAAAGUUAUAGCACACCGAUCAUGAUCAAACUGUAUAUUUUGAUAUACAGUUGUCCUGUUGAUAUUUUAAUUGUCCUGUUAGUUUGGUUUUUGGUCUGAAGGCUUUAAAAUCUCAACUGGGAUGAGAAGCUGGUGACCUCUCAAAAACAAAUGUGAGAGUUCAGUUGAUGUAGAUUUGGUAUGAAAACACACGCUGACUCAAUUCUAUUUCAUAAAAAUCCACAGUAAUCAUCAGCAGUCUAGUCAAAUGACAAAAGCUUUAUUAACUUCAAAACCACCAAGUGAAAUGCACAGGGAACAGGAAAAAAUGUCCAUCACCUGACUGUUUUCUUGGGCAAUGUGAUGAGUUUCUGCGACUCUGGUCCAGGUUUUUUCUAGCUGCAGCAACAGGCUACCUCAAGUCCCCUCUGGCUCCCGACGUGUUAAUGGAAACCUUCAUUUGCCGAAAUAAAGCAGACUGACAGGAAAAUGACAACAAUUAACUGACGCAGUCCUCCAAAAGAGAGGGGCCGAAAUUAUGUGUUCAAAUAAGUCUCUAAAUAGAUGUUUCCUGAAAUGGAGCUCCCCUGCUUGAGUAACAAAAACAUCUGCGAGCAGAGCUUCAGCUGGCAUCCACCCAGCCUUCAAGCGUGUGAACUUGAAACCAUUCGCUUUAAAUGUGAGGGAGUCUCACACAGAGUAGUGAGAAAGUGCUGCGCUCAGUUGGAUGUGUCAGGUGUUUCAGUGCAUCAUGCAGUGAGCUGUCAGCAAUUUCUGCUUCUCGUGAGCUAAUCUGAUCAUGUCCGAGUAAGAUAUGGCUGGAAAAAAGCUUCAGAGGUGGGUGUUAAAGUAGCAGUAAGUGAUGUUAGAAUAGUUUUAAAUUGGAUUAGGAUAUACAACUAGACAAUUCCUGAGAAUACAUAAUGAAGAGGCAAGAAGUGAAUAAGAAGGUAUCAAAACCAUUUUCCGCUAUUAUCUUUGCCUUUUACUUGACACUCAGAGAGUCUAGCUGAUAGUAUCUUACUUUAAACCUUUUAUUAAAACUUACUAGUGUUGAUUUCAGUAAAGCCAAGAGUUGUAUAAAAUUUGCCUACUUAGGAAAACAGCUGAGUUGACAGUGCGUUGUAGAUGCUCAGCAGGAGGCCUCUCAAGCUAACUGUGUUCAGGUUAAUCUGAAGUUAGACCGAGUCAGCAUUUCCAAAUGAUCAAAGCAAAACAUUUAGGACCUUCAAUUUGAUAAUAGUAAAGCUCAAAUCAUGUCAGUCAAUGUUACAUGGUUACCAAAAGAUGAAUUCAUGUUUACUGAAAAUGGUUCAUUUUUAUUAACCACAUCGUGCUUGUACAGAAAAAAGUCACUGAAUACAGAUUAACAUUAGACAUACUGUCAACAAUAGUAAAAGGUUAAAUGAAUACAAAUUUCCCAGGAAUGAUAAUAUUUAUCCAUAAUAAAGCAUAACCUCUGAUUUAUUCAUGAUUCAGAGGAGGCAGUUUUCUUGUUAAUUUGCUCAGCAAUGAUCAUAUGUCAAUCACUGCAGUCAUAUGGAGCUGAUAAGCAAAUUGGGACCUUGUCACUUCACUCAGUUUGCUGUCUGUCUUUUAACAGUCUUAUGUAUACCAUGUGACUUACUUGGAUGGUAAAAGGACCAGUCAAGCCUCAGUAUCCACUGAACUAUUAACAGGGAGAGUUAACAGCAGAGUGGCUGUGACAGAGAAGAGAACAGAGACACACAAAAUCUUUGUGUUUGUGCAGAGGUGUGCACACAUACGUUCUCCAGACAGUGACUUAUAUGAAAAAAUAUAUAUUUUUUUGACUUUCCCCACUUUGAUGUCUCUGGCAGUGCUCUCUGUCUUUACUUUAUCUUAGUAUUGAUUGGCCACUGUUGCUCACUCUAUGUCUUUCUUUUGCUCGCGACAGCUUUGGAUUGAAAAUUGGACAAAAGAUCCCUUUGUCUGUUUGUUUGUUUGUUUGUUUGUUUGUUUUAUCAUAUGGAUUGCUGCUUUUUAAUAUCAUUGAACAGAGAAUUAACAGAUAUUGUGUCAUUUUGAAGUACAUGGAAUUGACAUCCUCUACUACAUAUUUGUUUGGUGUUUGAGACAUAGUCAUGUUAAUAGUUAUCUAUACUCCUUAUAAAAGGGGACAAAUAGGGACUGAACUUUCACCAGUUUAAGUUAUUGACCUAAUACAUCGGGGAGAUUGAGUGUAUCUUUUUACGCCCUUUAUACUGAUAGACUGGGUUGCUUUUAUAUCAGUGUUUAACAAGUCUCAGAGUUUGACCUUUUUUCCCUUGUGUCUUGUUGUGUGUCAAGAAUGAAAGGUUAAGUCUAAUGAAACCUCCUCUAUAUUGAUGUCUUCAUACCAUCUCUUGGAUUUCAGUCGGUUUCAUUGACAGGAGCAGCAGUGUGGCUUAUGCAAUCGGCUGCUAUGAAUGCAAGGUUAAAACAAAGUUUCUCAGGUUGAUGUCUGUCUAAAAACACCUCUGCUCCUUCAAGUGUUCAAGGUUUCAAACGAUUGAAAUUACAGUGAAAUCAAAGGAACCACUUGCUGUCCUGAGACCUGGAAAUGAAUCAAAGCUGUCAUGAUUCACUUCUUUUGGGUGAAAGGAGCGCUUCACUACUCAGGGUGGUGAUUAUGGAAAAAAUCUCAGCUGGAUGUGCUGCCUCAUUAACCCUCCACAACUCUCUCUGCAGGUGGGGAAGAUCAGAAAGACAGCCGCACGAAAGAGAGAGUACCACAUUCUGUUCAUGGUUUUGACCACAGCGGCCUGUUACCUGCUGUGCUGGAUGCCUUACGGUAUCGUGGCCAUGAUGGCGACAUUCGGGCCACCCAGCAUCAUCAGCCCUGUGGCCAGCGUGGUGCCUUCACUGCUGGCUAAGAGUAGCACGGUCAUCAACCCUCUCAUCUACAUCCUCAUGAAUAAACAGGUGAGUCAGAGACAGAUACCUUGACAACAACUUUAUUUACACAGUAAAAAAAGACAAAUUACAACAACUGAAAUCAUACAAAUGGUCUACUUUUAGAGCAGUUCAAGUGUAAGAAGAAGAGAAUUCGCUAACAAAUCAACUCAAAAAAAGAUACCCCAAGGCUGCUUGGGGUAAAACAGGACUUUCACUCUUAUUAUGCCCAGUUACAGAUGCAUCUUUUUCUUCUUCCUCCUUCCUAGAAUGCUGUAAGAAGCUGCAGACGGGAAACAUAAUGUUUUACAAUCUGUUAGAGGCAGUGUGGUGCAGCAAUUCCCACAAAACUAAGUUAAAAAAACAAAAAAAAAAAAACACAAAAAUCAGGCCUCAAGAGAAACAAGAAUAGAAAGAGGCUGAGAGGGAAAAAUGUAAGAAACAGUGUUAGCAGUUCUUUUUCUGUUAUUUUCCAACCUCUUCACAGGUGUGAUAAUAAAAUUGAGGGAUUCAAAAUGUAAUCAUUUUCCACUUAAAGCAUCCCAGAAAUAAACUGUAGCACCCAAGAGGUCCUGCUAUCACUAGUCUCCCUCACCCUCCAUAUUUAACCUUUUUAAGACAUUAACACAAGAUGAAAUUUGGCACAAUGUUUUGAUACCAGGAUGAAAUUUCAGAAGGAAAUGCACCUCCUCAAGUGCUCCCAGGAAUCUAUUGUUAGCUGAACCACAGCUUGUAGGGGCCCCCCUACCUACAAGCAUGCACUACAAUCUGCAAAACACCACUAAAGUAAAUCAAAAUAAAUUGUUAUAGCACAAUCCUUCUCAAAAUAUGAUGAAAACGGUGUCUACUUGCAGCACAGUACAGCACAGACAGUUUAAGACUAAUAGCCCUGAUCCUGAUUUGCAUGCUCUGUGCAUUGGAAAGUAAUCAAUGGUAUCAGAAAUAUACAUGUAUUAUAUUUUCAGGGGUAUGCACUUUCAGUGUGUUACAAUCACAAGUAAUAAACAUCUGAUCAUUUAUUUCAACAGAAAAAGACCUACAGCAGAACCAAAAUGAGUGAAAAAUCUCCUUAAGUUUUAAAAACGGUUUUCUUCAGACUACAUAUUAAAUCUCUUAUACAGUUCUCUAGCUGUUGUUGACCAAACCGGCUACUUUUUCCAAGACUCUUCUACCAACAUGCAAAACUAAUGCAUAAACCGGGGCUGAGCAUCAAACCAAACUUCUGUUUGCAACCAGAGCAAAAUAAAUCUGUUGCAUCAGAAACAGUCAAGUGCGCCUGGGAAGCACAGCCAAGAAAUUUUAAUGUACAAAAUCUGAGCUCUCCUCUUCAUUUUCAGAGUUACUUUUAUCCAAUUUCUGUCAAAGUAGCUGCCAAAUACUGAAAACUGCUUAACGGCAAAACUUACAGACUUACAGAAUUUUGCAUCAAUGUGAUGAAAAAAUUUGUCAUGUCAUUCACUUAAAAUCCCACUCCGAUUUUUUAAAAAUUAUUUUGUGGUCUCAGUGCUCCUUAAAUUGUAAUUAUAAAGUUUUUCUUCUGCAGAGCUCCAGUAGCUCAUUAGCAAUUCUGAGUCAUGGGCGUAAACAGCACUGCUCUGCACCCAUGUCGUCACACUUGCUUGCAGCCUAACAUUGCCAGUGCAGCAGAAGUGGCAGGUAACAUAGGAGCUAUUCAGCUCUUGGACACGUAUGUCUUUGGGGGACAUGAUGAAAGUUAAAAUCAUAAUUAGCUUUCUUAUGAGUAUUGCAAUUCGUUUACACACACACUUGUUUUGUCAUGACAUAGGAAGUCCCACACUGUCUGAACCUGCCGUUUGGGUCUCUGAGAGGUUCACAGUGAUUUGAAAGCAGAAAUACUCAGAAAUGCAAUUUUGCGCUGAGUUUUCUCAUGAUAAGUUCUGUAGCAUCAGAAAAAUGCCAUAUGAACAUGUAGACAAAAAGAAAAACAUGAUUUUCAUCAAAGUGGGUCUGAAAUUAGUCAAUCUGAUUAUUUCGAUCUUUGCAGACAAAGCUGCCAGUUUAUCAGGAAAACCUUACUUAAAGUUCAUCAAAUGCAACAGCAGUGCUGUACAUCCAUCAUCAAGAGGAACAUUUUUAUUUGUAUUAAAACAGUUUGCUGAUUUAUUUAUUUAUAUUUAGGAGCUCUAAGUCAACUGAAUUCCCCAAAACUUUGAUCUCUUGUUUGUAAGUUUUGCGCUGUUGCAUUAUAAAUAACUGAAGCUGUACAUUUUAUCAUUAAUGUUCCACCUGCUCUCAAUUGACAUUUAGAUGUCAGACACUUUUUUUGUUGUUUUUAAAAAUAAUUUUUAUAAUUAAAACAAAGUUAUCUUGUAGAAAAAAGACAUUUUUUGUUAAAAUCUUGGAUGAUACCCAGCCCCUCUUGACAACAAAUAAUGCAAAGCCCUGAAUCAUCUACAAACUACAACUUCAAAGCCAUCUAACUCAACCUACGAGCUAUUCCAGGGAACUUGUCUUUGUCAGCUUUUCACAUCUUUUGUCAAACCACAACCAAUGGCACGAGAACAUUUCGUAGAAUAUGACACUUACUAACAAAAAAAUCUCUGCUCAUAGGCAAGAUUAUUCUCCACAAUCACCUGCAGCACAAAUCACAACCAAUACCUCCUCUUCUCUCCACACCACACAUAUAUGACCCUUCACAGCUCGCUGCAGAUGCUGCACAGACUGACUGUAAACAUAAAAAAUCAUCCUGGCUGGACACAAAGCAAUUUUGAUGAUAUUACCAUCUUAAAGUCCUCCUUUAUUAUUGUCUCCACUGGCAGCCGCAGACAGGUGCACACUGCUAUUAGAGGAUCCAGAAAAUAUGAGACAUUUAUAGAUGUAGGAAAUGAGCUUAAUCCUGUUACAUGACCGAAAAAUAACCCUGCACAUAUGCAGACACCGCUGCAGCGCUGGGCUCGGGGGAGGGUUUAGCUGUGACACGCAGCGGUAAAAAUUACAUUCAAUAAAGAGUGAACUGGCCAUCGAAAAUUGGAGCUGGUGGUUGCUGAUGCUGAGCUGAGAGUCCCCUGAUACAGCUUGCUUCAGCAAUGUGAACUGCUCCAACACCUCCCACAGCAAUUAAACUCCAUGUCUCCGCAGUCCUGCCACUGUUUAUACUCUAUGUAUCUGAACAGGCACAAGGCAACCCAAGGAAAGUGUUCAUUUGACCACUAGGCACAGGGCUACAGCUGUUCUGAGCACCGAAAAUCCAGUUUGGCCCCGUUUAGUUUGAUGUAAUCAAGCUGUUAUUAAAAAGGCUGUUAAACCGUUUGUGGAGUGAAUCCAAAAACCGGUGCUCUCUCUUUCCUUCUGUCUUGUUUUUUUUUUUUUUAUUAACUUACCUAAGCCUCUUAACACUAAACAUAUUUGUCUGGCAGGUGGGCAUACACAGGAGAGAAAUUUAGUAAUCGAUUUGAAAACAUCAAUCAUUUAAAAAAAAAAAAAAUUCACAAAACUUUAAAACUUCUGACUUCACAGAAAAACUGCAGAGGGAAAUCACACAGGUAACACCCUCUGCAAGGCGACAUGAACUACAACAUGAGUGCUUAGAGCUAUGCUUCUCUCCGUCCUGCUCUGCCCUCUUAUGUUUGAGUUAUGAAUGUGUACAUUUAAGAGCAUAUGUUUCAUUUCUGACAUUCAGCACGAAGGACUUCUUUGCCUUUUCACAACCCUUUUGGACCAGUAAAAAAGAGAGAAAAAUCACAAGUUUCCACCUCUAUAAACAGUGGUGUUUCCUUUAAGUAUAGAACCACCCUAUUGAAAAAUACAGUUUACACCACUGAAACACACCCAGUUAUUGAAAAUUCACUUGCCUGUCUAAAACACGGAUCUGUUGCUACCCUAGUCAGCUCCACAGCUAACGUGGCUCAGCUAAAGCAGAGAGAAAGGUCUUUUUCAGCCCCAUCCUCGAGGCUCUUCCUGCCAGUCUGUGGCCAGGUAAACCAUCUUAAUGAAGACAAGUUCUCCAUGAUGAUCCCCCCCCCCCCCCGGAGGGCUAUGGCUUAUGUUCUUCAUGGGUCUCAUUUCAAACUUGUAUGCUCCAGCCUCCAUGUCUCCUGUGGCUUUAUUGCACCUCUCCCUAAGUCAUCCAGCAAAAGGCCGAAGUGUGUUUGUAUUUUCUGGCUCAGAGGGUCAGUUUUCAUAUCUCAGAUGUCACAGUUGACGGUGCUCAAGCCUGGAAGAGUGACCCGCCCCUUCCUCCUCAGGUCCCUCUCAGGGCCCGUAUUGAUCCGCUGGAUCAGGCUCUUCUCAAAAAGGAGUGGAUGGUAGGCACCCAGUGUACAGGCAGCGUCGUAGUAACGCUCAUGGUAGUGGCACAGGUCCGUCUGCCUCAUGGAGGGAAUGUACUCAUACACGUGCACCUUCUCGCAUAGCGCCAUCAUCAAGAGGAUGCCUGAAAAUUCAGCAUAGAGAGGGAGAGAAAGAAAGAGACAUUUAGAUAUUCACAGAGGAAAAGGUCUUCAUGGCAUUACAGGAAUGUGAAGAAAAGACCCGUGUUUCCUCGCUGAAAACCCUUGGCUUUUAUUUAAAUCUGCUUACUAGUGAAGCCACUUUACUCUCAUUAGCCGGCCAAUUAGCAGCUUGACUCCAGUAAUUUGGAUUUAACAAAAUGGGUCAAUAUUCUGGGUCACUUUUUUCCUGUCUUUGAUAAAACAUUUUUGUUUCCCCGUUUUAAAGAAAGAAGCUGAAAUCUGUUUGUGAAGCUUUGCGUAAAAGACUGAGGACUGGUGAACUGUAAGUCUUUCUCUCUUCAAAGCCAACAAAGUCCAUAAACCUUUUCAGUUCAUAUAAAGUUCACCAGGUGAUGUGUUUUAUAAAGUUUAUAAAGUAUUAUAAAAUACACAAAAACGAAGUGCAAAGUCGAGCUCACAUGUAGGGUACCUGUUGACUUACCACAGCUUACCUGGCAGAAAUAUGACAUUGAGAGGUACAAAUAUAAAAGAGGUAAAAAAUGAAAGAUCACUCAAAAAUAAAGGAAAUGAAUAUUUUAAAAUUGGGUAACUACAGAUAAAUAAUAAUUCUGCUCGCUUGCCCUGUGUUUGAGUCCCCCUCUACAGUAUUACCGUCCUGAUGGACACAGAUUUACCUGCUGGUUUUGCCUUUAUCCAGAUGGUUUCAGUAUAACAAUUCACCCCAGAAAACUAUGUUGGAUUUGGUCUUAGAGUUUACUCUGUCAGCCCUAAACUGCUACAAAAAGCUCACACUGGGCUGUAGUAAAAUCCACUCACACUCUUAACACAGUAACACAUGUAAUUACUGAUUAAAUUAUUGUCACAAGACUUUGUGCUCUAAAGUCUCUGCACAAAGACUCAAGACUGGUUUUGUGUAGUCAAAAUAAAAUAACUUACAAGUUCCUGGAAAACCAUGAGAAAAUGAUCUCUCUCUAAAACAAACAGACCAGCAUUUCAUGUACACAAUGUCUGUAUUACUGAACAAGACUAAAGCAGGUGUGAGUAUCAGGCUUUAGAUUCAAAUCAUAUCCUACUGUGUGACUGUGCAUUGUUUAUUGUUUUUUUUUAUUUUUUCAGCUUUUUCAAACGUAACUUGUUUUCGAUCUUCUGUAUAUGAGCAUACAUCACCAAUCUGCAUGUAAAGUAGAGGUGCAAGGAUACAAUGUAGAAUAAUCUGAUUACGUAAAAUGGAGGUGUAAUAAUUUCCAUUCGGAGCAGCUGCUACACCUUUAUGAAAAACAUUAAUCAUAAAAUCUUUACUGGAUCAGCACAGAAUCAAAAGUCAAGAACUCAGCAGCAACUACGUGUUUUGUUUUUUUUUUCUUUUGUUAUAAACCUGGAAAUAUAAAGUUCAGUGCCGAAAAAGAGUGAACACCCUCAGCAAGAACCUGCUUCAAUUCAGGCUAAGAAUAGAAGUGAAUACAUUAUAAAUGAAGACAGUGAGUUUGCCUGCCUCAGCAUGCGCUACAUGGUUUCUUUCAUAUAACGUGGUGCGUGCCGACACAAAGAGUAUUUUGUUCACAUUUAUAUUUUCUCCUACUGCUGUUUUUCCCCCCACCUGGCUUUGUUUGAUUUUUCUUUUUUCUCUCUGACGAUUGUAACCCCGCACACAGCCCCCUUCCUUUUUCGCUGCAGCCGUCUAUACGGUUAAAAAUAUGCAGGUAAAAUCCUCACAAAUCAAUGUGUUGACAUUUUUUAUUACCCCACUUUCUUCCUAAUCACUGAGCUGUGUUAUUAUAAAUACUUGAUCCUGAUUGGUCGCUUGGACAGCUGUUCUUAACUCUUAGGAGCAAAGAUGAUGUUAGGGACAACAGGGAAAGAAACCUUUCCGGGUAGGCUGAGGUUCACCACUCUGUUAGAGACCCUAUAACUUUAAUUAAUGUUGAACCAUAUACUGGUAGAUUAACAUGUGCUGCCAUUCAGAUCAUGUUUUGGUUAGGAAAGGCCUUACAUGUUUCAGCAAACCUAUACCAACCACAUUCUGCCCAUAUUACAAUAGCAUGGCUCCUUAGUAGAACCACCCUGGUGCUAAAUCAGUCUGCUAUCAUUACCAUAUGGUGCGUCAUGAAAUAGGAAGUACCACAAAGCUGACCGUGAUCUGAUGAGUAGAAGAUCUCCUAAGUCAGGCAAACAUUUCACAGUCAAAACUGCAGAGACAGUUUUUCUCUGAUUCCAAAUAUUUCCAGAGUUGUUACAGGAGGAAGAUGCCAGCAUUAAGUUUCAAAUGAGCAAUUACUUUUUACAAAUCAAUAAUAUCACUCAGUUUAUACUUUCAGAAUGCUGACUUCGCAUUACUUUACCCCGAAUACAAACCCAUUAAAUUUUAAUUUCAUGAACAUUUUUCUUCAGUUUUUCUCAUUAGACUUGUAUAUCUUGUUUUGAAUGAUGGUUUUCUAGUAUUAAAUAAGAUGACUGGUGAUACUGAAUCCUAAAUCACUGCUGUUAGAUAUUACAGUGUGAUAAUGUCUUUAAAUGACUUUGGAUUACAGCCUGAUGAGCCUCUGCUGCCAGUGUAGUAAUGUGAGGACAAUUUAAGUGUGUGAAUGAGUGUGUGUGAAGCAAUUGGUUAUCAACUCUUAGCAGUCAUGAUAUCCUGUAGUCCAAUCUGUGAAAUGUCUCUGGAGUUUUAAGAACGCACGCACUUUUUUCAGGGUGAUUUUUGGUCAAUUUACUUUUUCUGUUUCCAUUUUUGGACUGCUGUCUUUGCUGAGGUAGAGAAAAAAUGAUGGCAAAACAGAAACAACAAACAGAUUUCAUUAUGACUCUGGUCUGAGCGAUCAAGAAACAUACAUAGGCUGUUACCCAUGUCUGACAGGGCACCUCUCAGAGCGUUCGUCUAAUCGGUUGAUUCACCACAAAGGUCAAACUGACAAAGUGUGUAGGUGGGUAUAUUCUUUUCCUGUGCAACAAGCCAUUAAGAAGCUAUUUCUCCGUUCAGUUGGCUUUAAUAAAUGUUAGCUACUAUAAUGACAUGAAAGUGCACUAAGGGAUGACUUUAGAUUUAUCAAACUCUGAACAACAACCCUGAAAACUCUGAACACACCGUUACCACAAGUCUUGAACAAAUUCAGGACAACCUCCUUCUGACAAACCAAGAGGUUCUUAAUGUAAGCGUCAUAUUUACAAAACCCCUUUUCUCAGUUCUACAGGUGUUUCCUGAUCCUGUUUCACUGUGACCACUGGUCAGCAGAGAACGGCAAUAUCUCUGUGCCCUCCAAGACCACCGUGAUCCCACUGAACCGCAGGGUCUACAGCAACACAGUGGCCUGCACCGCUCAGAUAUCCACGGACGCUCUCAACCAGUGCUGCAGCACUCCCAACACCAAGCGCACGACACCCCCUGAGGUCCAGAACUAAGCCGCGAUUCUCCCACCAUGACCACACAGGAAAUACAGGAACUACAGUCAGUCCAGCACUUACACUUGCAAUGUGAACCUCUGUGGAAUGUGAACUAAAGCAAGAUGUUUGCAAAAAGUAAAUGUACUUUACGUGUGAGCUUAUGUUUGUACAGGAAACACUUUUGUGUCCAUUAAGUUUUUAUUAUUUUGGUUUGUAACACACAAGGCAUAAAAGGAGCUGUAAAUCUUUUAUUCACUGUAUAUGGCAAAAAAGUGGGAGAACCAAUGAAAAAGCAUAUCGGUGUUCAGCCAAGAGGGCUUUUAAAACAUUGCUUUAACAGCAUCCACUCCUCCAGAAACAGCUUCCAACAUGAUUUUGAGGUUUAGGCAUCAGAGGCUUGCUCCAGUUAAGCUACAAUAUGAAGCUGGAUGCUGAUAUUUGGUGAUAAGGCCUCUCUUGCAGGAGAAUUCCACUUCAUCCACAAGGUGUUUGAAGGGUUUAGCUUGAGUCUCUCUGCUGGCCAGUCCAGCUCUCAAGUGAAAAACAGUUUGAAACUACUAAAAAAAACUGUUUAUUUUAGGUUGUACUUGGUGCAAAAGAGUGUUGAAAUGAUCUUCACAAAAGUGUUAAAAAUGCUUUUUUCACUGCGGUGAAAAUAUUCUACCAAUCUGGAAUCAAAAACCCCCUUUCAAACGUACACCAGAGGACAAGUACGUGUACUUUUGGCCAUAUUAUGUAUUUAUAAACAUAGUUACAGCAAGCGCUUGUUUCAAAAGGAUGCAUCAUUUCUGUAAACUCCUCUCUUUCAUUUUUACAAUCAAAGCACAAUUUUUACAUUCCAAUGUGGGUGAAAACAAAUUUUCCUCAGAAAAUUGUAGACUUUUGACUCAAGUAUCCUACAAUUGCAUGUCAUGUUUACCUAGUUCUUUUUUAAGUCCGGGUCUUAUCACAAUUUCUCAAAACACAGAAAUCUUGUGCCUAUUUUCUGUUGCCUUUACGUCUCUCUGUCUUUGUGCUGCUGUAAAUGCCAAUGCUUGAUAAUCAUUUGUGCUUCUUCAAUCAGUGUGUCAGUGGUUUGAUGUGUUCAUGAUUUAAGCUUUGUAUUUUCCCUCCAGCAUCUGCGCUGUUCGGUCUGUAAAUGUCGCCAAAUCCUGAACAUGGUCACACCGAGACUUUUUCUUGACUUUCAAUUUGUAAAUACUUUAAAAAAAUCUUAUUUUUGGUCUGUGAUAUUGCAUGAUUUUGUUGCAUGAUACUCUGACUGAUCACUUUUACAUAGAGCGGAAUCAUGGACGAUGAAAAUCACCAGGAUUUGAUGCAAGGCUUUCAUUGUGGAGUUCUGGGCCUAUCGGCCACAUAUGGCCACAAUGCCUUAUAGGAAAGGGAGCCAAGGAAGUGGGAACAGCAUGCUCAAUAGCUCCUGUAAGAACUUUCUAUAACAGACUCCCCAUGACUGGCAGGAAUGAAGGGAGAAAACCUGUGAUGUUAGACUGUGGGAUACAAAAGAUGACCAACAAAAGACUAAUGAUGAGCUGAGAUGUCUUCAAGUAAUGGCUGAAGAAAGUCCUGAACGCUUCCUCUGAGCUGAAAGGAGCUGACUGCAACAUUCACAAAGCUUGUGCAGCAAUCAAGCAUGUUUGAGACAGACUGGGCUCCCGUGAUUGCUCCAUUUUGCUGUGAAAGACAGAUGGGCAACUCUCUCACUGCAGGGUUGUUACGAGGCUCAUCUUCAGGAUGGUUUGGACGGUCUGACUGAACCGCUUCUGGGAACUGGCUGUAUCAGUCCAAACUGAGAUGGGAUGCUAACCCUAAGUGACAUGUGAUCAAUGCAUUGUGUUUUACUGUUGGUUUUUUGUUUAAAUAAAUGUCAUUGCUGUGGAA